AUGGGCAGCCUGUCUACAGAACCGAAAGAUGCCGCCCGUGUGGUCACUCUGUCGGCAGAGGAAUUGAAAAGGGGCGCCUACGCACCGCUGUCGCUGAUACGUGCAUUGGAAGCGUUGCAUCAGGAUGGUCUUGUCGUUCUCCGGGGUGUCAUCCCUGUCGAUCAUGUGGACUCCCUCAACACAAGGAUGUGCAAGGAUGCUGAGGUGCGGCUUGCCGACAACAGCCAGGACUUCAACCACAACGUCAAAUAUACUGAAUUACUGUAUGAGGACGUCUACUUCAAUCCGUUUGUCCUACAGGUGGGGAAUGCAUACCUCGGCCAUCGUCCUAUCUGGAACUGGCUGACAGCCAACACGGCCGUGGCCAACACGGCCGGAAUGCGACAACCAGUGCACAAGGACUGCGCCUUUGAACACCCCAUGUUCCCCUACUACUUCAUCGCCAACAUCCCGCUCUGUGACUUCAGCGAGACCAACGGGGCCACCGAGUUCUGGCUCGGCUCGCACGCCCACACCUCCUGGCGUGACAACGACAUGUUGACCGACCUGGCCGACACGCCCGGCCCGUUCUCGCGCCUCAACGAGCCCGUGCCCAAUGUCUCGGCUGCUGCUCGCCAGGCUCGCCGGCUGGUUCGACCACCGCUCCAGCCGUCACUGCGUCGUGGUGACAUUGUCAUCCGCGAUCUGCGCACCUGGCAUGCCGGCAUGCCCAACAACAGCGACCAGCAUCGCAUCAUGAUCGGUCUUGGCUACCAGAGCCCCGCGCAUCCCAACUACACCAUGCGCCUCCACCUGCCAGCCGCCCAGCGCUCCUUCUUCCUUGGCUCCGCACCCGCGAAUGUAGACGUCCGAGCCAACGUAUACUCGGACGAGGAUCUGGCCGCCCUCAAGAUCGACACGUUCUUCGACCUUCGCCCGGAAUAUCUAGAGUAG